AUGUUCCGAGCCGGACAGUUGGACGACGCGUUGGCGCUGUUCACGGAGGCACUCACUCUCGAAGGAAACGAGUACACUCUGUACGACUCUUGUGCAGCAGUCAAGGAGAAACUCGGUAAGACCAAGGAUGCGCUCCGAGACUCGAAGAGAGUUAUCGAUCUCGCACCGCAGCGAUGGCAGGGUUAUGCUCGCUCCGCACGCCUCUUCUUAAAGAUCAGGAAGUACGACAAUGCUCUCUACAUGAUCAAGCUUGCCCUGGAGCGUGUCAGCGCGGACGACAGCAAGAGACGCGCAGAGCUGGAGGCUCUGCAGUGUCAGAUACUUCAGGGCGUCGACGAGCAGCGCGAGCUUACCUCAAGAACCUCGUAUCACUUUGGACAGCUCCCUCUCGAGCUCGCAGCCGACAUCUUUACCUCCGCGCUGACGGAGGACCACGCUCGAGUUGUCGUACUCGCCCAAGUCUGCAAAAACUGGCGACUUAUCAUCACAAAUACACCACAUCUAUGGAACAAUCUCGUUCUUUCCAAGCAGAGCCCAGUCAAAAAGGCAAAGGCAUGGAGCACGCGUUCGAGGGGGAGGAUAGUCCACCUCACCCUGAGGGAGAGCUUGAAGGGGACUCCAUGGGCCCUCGACGAGCUGCAGGACCUGUCUUUGGAGUCGCUGCGUACACUUCGUCUUGCGGACUUCCCAUUGGGUGCCGUUCGACAACGGUUACCAAAUCUUACAAGUGACGUCCUUCGCACCCUCGACGUCCUCGAUGUGGACAAUCGUACAGAAGCAGGCCCAGUUACAUGGCUCUGGACGGACCCCUCCAUGGCAGUCCGCUCUCUCUCCGUUUAUUUCGCCGUAUUCGACUGGGCCUCCCUCGUCACAUACUUCCCCCGCCUCGAGCACUUCACUUUCAAAGCACCCCUAGUCGACAUCCCGCUCAGCGCCCUCUCCGACUUUCUGCGCGCACACGUUGGCCUUCGCUCAUUGUCGCUGGGCAUCAUGGACUUUGUCUACCACCGCGCUCCUGACCGCGAGCAACCACCAGUCCAUCUCCCUCACCUAGAGCGACUCGAAAUCGAAUAUCACGAUUUUGCGAUGAGUUUCAUGUUCCCCCUGUUGCAUCUGCCGACCCUCCGCUCCCUAAACAUUUCCCGAGGUGUGCACGCGAUCGACACAUCGUUGCAGCACCUGAUCACCAGCGGAGCCGGAAAGAGUUUGAGAGAGCUCAGGAUAUCCCUGUGCGCCGUCUCGGCAGGCCGUGUCGUCGACUUGCUGCACGAAGCGGAGGCUCUCGAGGUGUUGGAGUUGAGGUAUCUCGGAGGAAACCAGGCGAACACGAUAUUGCACGCUCUAUCUGAGCAGCCGAAGUCUCCUCCCCGAGGUCAUGACACCGAGAUCAGCAAAGGCGAUGGCGCAGGCACAUCUACCGUGCUGUGUCCAUCGCUUUCAUACCUGGACUUCUCCCACUGUCCAGACGUCAAGAGUGGGCCACUGAUGGCGCUGGUGAAAGCCCGGCUAUCCAGUACCGACAGUGACGGUCAAGUGGACGUCGCGGCGGCGAGUACUCAGCCGGCGCCUAUAGACACACUCAUCGUGGACGGUUGUCCCUCUGUCGAGAUAGACAUCCUACCAUGGUUACGGAGCAAGGUGCGGCGCGUCAGUUGCGUAUACAUGUCCAAAAAGGAUGCCAAAUGGCGAAGGUGA